UAGUGAUCUGCCCUUAUCAGCUCUAAGGAUUUUCUCCGUGUGUACUUGAGGUUAUAAGAUGGGCUGCAGUUUCAAACAUACAUUACAAAGAUCUCAUUUCUUGUUCAUACACCAACAACCUCAGCAUCCUGUGUUUAAUUAAAACUCCUCAACACCAGAUGCCUUCUGUUGCCACCUGCUGUGCGCUGCUCCCAGGAGAGCUAAUGCUGUGUGACAAACCCUAUUUUCCCAAUCAAUAACCAGCAUCAAAAUCUGUCACAUCUUUACUUCUCCUCCAUUUUUAAACUGCAUAUGACAUACUGUAGGCUUUAACACGCGUUACAGGAAACAAAGGGGCUUUACAGAAACCGAAAGAAAAAAAAUCUAAACUAAAUUAAGACAUCGUUUACAUGACUUCCUUAAUGUUAGAGCUGAGCACCACGGCGAUGGCACAUUGCAGUUGUCUCCCGCAUAAGCCUCAGAAUAGUUCUAAAUCCAACACACUGUGAUAUGAUGGAUCACUGAGAUUGAUUGUACAAAGAAGGCACUUGUAUCUUACAUUGAUUCCUUUUUAAGGGUAAAAUCUUGCAAACCAUAAUGAAUCAAAGCACAUCUUCUCUUAUCAUGGAGAACCAUGUUCCCCAGGUAUACCGGACUGCCAGCAUAGCCUUCUAUGCUAUAAUCUUCACCAUUGGCUUGGUGGUUAACUUGACUGCGCUCUGGGUCUUUGCUUUGACCACAAAAAGACGGAACUCGAUCACUGUUUACAUGAUCAAUGUGGCUUUAGUGGACCUGAUCUUCAUAUUAAUGCUCCCCUUUCGAAUGGUCUACUACAGUCAAGACUACUGGCCCUUUGGGGAUGUGUUCUGCAGGAUCAACGCCGCGCUAACUGUCCUCUACCCCUGCCUGGCGUUGUGGCUGUUCGCCCUCAUAAGCACAGAUCGCUACGUGGCCAUAGUGCAACCACGACACACCCGAGAACUGAAGAGCGUCCGUAAAGCGUUGCUGUCCUGCGCGGGGGUCUGGAUCAUGACCCUGGGUAGCACAGCUCCUCUUGUUCUUCUAGAUAAAGAAGAUCCAGACCGCGUCUCAAACCAUACCACUUGCAUCAAGAUGCAUGACAUCAUCUACCUAAAGCCAGACUAUCCCGUCCACUUCACACGUCUCAUCUUUUUCUUCUUGGUGCCGGUUUCCAUCAUGGUGGGCUGUUACAUCAUCAUUGUUGACAACCUCAUCCACGGACGCACGUCCAAACUGAAGCCCAAAGUCAAGCAGAAGUCCAUUAAGAUCAUCAUCACCCUGAUCGUUCAGGUGCUGGUGUGUUUUGUGCCUUUUCAUAUCUGUUUUGUUUCCCUGCUACUGCAGAGCGACAAGCCGGGUUAUAAUACCUGGGGGAGCUUUACCACCUUUUUAAUGAACGCAAGUACAGUGCUGGACAUCAUACUCUUCUACAUUGUUUCAAAGCAGUUUCAGGACCGUGUGAUGAGCGUCAUCCUGUACAGGAACUACCUGAGAAGCGUUCGUCGGAAGAGCCUUCAUACCAACAGCGUACGCUCACUGAGCAACCUCACCAGCGCCAUGAUCUGAGGAUUACAUCUGAUAGAAACAUCAGUGUGCAUAACAGAGAUUGUAAAAAAAAUCAUUUUUUUGCUUGAAUGUAAACAUGUAAAUUGUUUUUGGUUAGAUUGAUUUUCAUACAAUUAGGAACUGAUGCCCAUUUCACACAUAUAGGUAUGUAUGAAAUUUGUGAGCACAGAUGAGAAAUAUUUGAUGUUGUCCUAUUUUGACAAGAAUAUAGUUUUCUUGCUAUUAAAAGUCCACAUGUAUAUUGAAUAUUGUUUAAGUUUAUAUGUUUAAGGGGUCACUUUAUCAAUUUUUAUAAAAUAAAAGCACUUUAUAAUAAUAUGUUUUAUGGAGAAUUCUUCACAAUUUGACUGUAUUUCUUUUACAAAAAGCUAUGAAAUA